AUGGGUCAUCACUCUUGCUGUAACAAGCAGAAGGUGAAAAGAGGACUAUGGUCACCUGAAGAAGACGAAAAGCUCAUCAACUACAUCACCACCCAUGGCCAUGGUUGCUGGAGCUCUGUCCCCAGACUUGCAGGGCUUCAGAGAUGUGGAAAAAGUUGCAGAUUAAGAUGGAUAAAUUACCUGAGACCUGAUUUGAAACGAGGAAGCUUCUCUCCUCAAGAAGCAGCUCUCAUUAUUGAACUCCAUAGCAUUCUGGGCAACAGGUGGGCUCAGAUAGCAAAGCAUCUACCUGGAAGAACAGACAACGAGGUGAAGAACUUUUGGAAUUCAAGCGUCAAGAAGAAGUUUCUUUCUCAUGAUCAUCUUCUUCUUCCUCCUUUAACCACUUAUAAUGCUACUUCUGUGGAAAGCUUCUUCCCUCUUACUCCAAACCCUGAGAACACCAACAUGAUCCUAAACGCUCGCCAUAAUCAUCAUCACCAAGACCAGCUUUACCUUCCCACUUCUUCACAAUCACUUAUUCAAGGUUUUCAAUUCGAUCGUGAAGCUUCUGAAAAGCUUAAGAUAGGCAAUCUCCUUCAUGUUCAGAAUCAAAAUUUGCAGGAAAUUACACCAUCCAAUAGCAGUAUUCCAUCUUCUUAUGAAGAUACUUGGUCACUGGUAAACCAAGAAAAUAAUCAGAUUUCCAGAAGUGAACAUGCCAAUCUGUUAUCCCCAUAUUACAUUGAUGAGAUAUUCAUGAACCCUAGUUCAACUCUGCAGCAUCAUGAGAGUCAACCUGUGGAUCCUAGUAUUGAACAAAAAAUGCUUCAGAGUACUAUCGAGGCUUAUAAUAUUAAUGUUUGUGGCGUCCCAUAUUCAUCUGCAUCUGCUUCACAAGAACAAGACCCUCUUGUUGCAAGAAUUAUUCAGACCUGUCCAUCUUCUGGUUUCGCUUAUCCACAAGAUCAAAGUCAAAUGGCUGACGUGGCAGCCAAUCACAUGGAGUUCAUAGAUGCCAUCAUGUCGUCGUUGCCAUUAUCAUCAUCAUCAUCCUCGUCAUCUUUGUCAUCAAACAACCAAGUUGUCACAAAUACCCCUAGUUUUCCUUCAUGCUGGGAGCCAUGAAGAUGACUUUGAGAAACUAAUAUUGGUAUAUCAUUGGGAUUAUGUUUGAUUGAGUCUAAUGUAGUUUUACUCAUUGUAAUUCUUAUCUAUAUGCGGUAAUCUCAUAUGAUGUAGUUAUUCAUGAUGAAUACUAUGUCAUAUGACUUUGUCUUGAUCAGUCAUCUUUUGUAGUGAACAUAUCAAAGUCAUCACCUCAUUAGACUCCU